ACCUAUUUCACAUGGCCUACAAAUUAUGAGCUCACCUCGAAUGUGUGUGUACAGUGGGGUAUUCAAACAUGUUAGGUUUCAUCGCCACAGUGUUUGUGGCUUACUCUUUCACUUCAUAUUUUCUGCUGAGGAGACCGAUCGUAUUUUUCAGAAAAAAGCGGCUUCCUUUCGAAGCUUCUCAUAUUAGUCACCGGGGUGGUUCAGGAGAACAGAUUGAAAAUACUUUAGAGGCUUUCAGUAGCUCUUUGCUUGUCGGCACAAAUAUGUUCGAGACUGAUUGUCAUAUCACGAAAGAUAAUCAGGUUGUCGUAUUUCAUGAUAAUACGCUAGAUCGUUCUACUGGAGUGUCGGGUUUAGUGAAGGAAUUUUCAUACAAAGAUUUACCUAGAUACCUUAGAGUAAUUGAAGUUCAAUUCACCCCAGGUUCCUUUUGUAUUGCGGAGUCUCCCUCCUCAUAUAAAAUUCCACGAUUAGAGGACUUGUUUAAUAAGUUUCCAAAUACCCCCAUCAAUAUUGAUAUUAAAGUUAAUGACAAUCUUCUCAUCAAUGAGGUUGCCCGACUUACUGAAACUUACAAUCGAGAGCAUAUAACUGUAUGGGGGUCAAUGAAUUCAAAAGUAUCAAAAAAUGUGAAUUACGCAAUAAAAACAUUCUCACUUUUGCUCCAAUUUCGUAUGUAAUAUGGAUAAUGGCGUGUUAUGUUGUGGGACUACUCCCUUUCAUACCUAUAAAAUAUGAUUGUUUUGAAAUUCCUUUAGUUUCUGUUAUUCGAUCUAACGAGUUUGCCAGACGACGUCAUUGGGAUCGCUUUUUACCUCAUACAGUUCUUCUGCUCUCAGAUUUGUAUUCUUCUGGGUGUGUAACAAUGAAGAGGAUAUGCAAAAAGCUUUUGAACUUGGAGCUUCAGGAGUAAUGACAGACUAUCCCAGAAAACUAACCGAAUUCCUGAAGAAGCAUCCUGAGUAUCCAAAAGUUUUUUAAUUCAUUUAACAUCCUCGCUUUAAUAAUGACAGACUAUCCCAGAAAA